UUGUGUUUCCAGAGCUCCGGUGAGGACACAGCUGACCUACAUGUGCCGGGAAACUGGCUUGUUGUGAAAUGUCCCUGCUGUGUUAAACCUGCAAGUUGCUGGAGGUCAAAUUCCUACCGAGAGAAAGACUUUAACAGAACCCGACUGACAGCUCAUUGUAACCUCAACUCUUGGACAGCCUUGCAGCUUAUCGACCGCGAUGUACAGCAGCAGCUAUUCCCAGGUCAACAAGCUCAGUCCAGAGGCUCAGAAGAAGAUGCAGUACCGCUCAAAGGGCAAGAGCUGUGGCUACUACAUGCGCAUCAUCUUCUUCUUCUCAUCUCUCAUCCAGUCUCUCAUCAUAGUCAGCCUGGUGCUGUUUCUGAUCUACGGGAAAGUGCAGGUCUCUGACUCUUCGAAUCCCGACCAGGACCUGGAAAAGAGGUUCAGCCAAAUCUCCAUUGAAAACGUGGCCCUGCAGAACCAGAGGAAGAACCUGACCAACCUCCUGAACGCCACUCUCACUGAGAAGGCUAAGAACGACUACGACCUGGCUCAGCUGAAGAUCUUAGUCAACAAGUCCAUCGAGAUUUUCAAGUUUCAGACCAUGGAGUUGAAAUAUUGCGAAGCGGAGCUGGCGAAAUGCAGGAUGGCAACGAUGACAAUCCGCACCCAGAGCCAGCCUGCUGGGAAUUGUAACUGUGGGCUGCAGACUGAGCAACUGAAUAUGAGACUUCAACUUUUGGAAUCCAACUUGACUGCAACAACAAGAUCAAUGACUCUAGAAAGGGAUCAGAUUGCUAAAGAUAGGGACAACCAGCUCCUGCAAGCUAUCCAGGUCCGGAAAGAAAAAUCCAUUCUGGAAAAAGAGCUGGACAUCUUCAAGCAAAACUCUCAGAACGAGUUUUCCCAGUUGCUGUCUCAAGUCUCCGGCGUUUCUAAGGCUCUCCUGGAGAAGAUCGAAUCUCUGUUUCCUAAGCACAUUGCCUUCCAGCUCACCUGCGCAAAACAGCAGGAGCACCUGGAGCAGAUCCACACCAACUGCACCAGCCUGUCCCGUGAUGUGGAGAACAAGCUGCAGCACUACCUGAACGUGGUCGGAGCGCAGGUGUCAGACAUGCAGAUCGAGAACACCCGCCUAAAGGCAGAGAACUGGCGGCUGUCUGAGGACUAUCGCGAGGUCAUCCAAAACCGCACAGGCAUUAUGGAGCAGCAUAAACGCAGCAGAGAGGAGAUUCAGCAGAAACACGAUCAGGAAAAGGAGAGACUGCUGAUGGACAAGAUGAAGCUAACUAACGACUAUAAUCACCAGGUUCAGCAACUGAAGUACAAAGAUUUAGUUAUGGACGACCUGAAAGGCAAAUUAAAGCAACUCAACAUGUCAUGCAUGGCGAGGAAUGCAUUUGGUGCAUACCCAGGAGGGGUCCUGGGCUCGACGUCGAGUAUACAGAACCCAUUCGGGAAUGCCAUGUCACACGGUGGUGGUUCCAGCUAUUCCCCUUUCGGUUCUUCCAAUUUAGGUCAAAGUAGAACAGGAACAGCUGGGUCAAGUCAAAGCCAGAGUAGUGCUGUGUCAGGAUCCUUAGGAGUAGGUUCAGCAAGUUCAAUCCUUUCUUCCUAUGGGUCAAGGCCAAGCCCCGGUAACACUGGGUCAACAUUUAAUCAGCCAGGAUCAGCUGGAGCAGGCUCAGUAAGUUCAAUUCUCCAGCAACCCAAGUCAAACCCAAGCCUGAGCGUUGGUUCAGGAAUUAAUAGACCCUCAGGCUCGGGAGUGUUUGGGUCAACUCUUGGCUCCAGCGGGACACAACCAGACAAACUAGCAGAGAGUGGGAAAAGCCUGUCAUCAUUUGGGUCGUCAGUUGGGUCUUUGGGAUCCAGACUAAACCAAGGUUCAGCUGGGACGGGUUUAAACAAUCCACCUUCAGGAGGGAAAAGCUCACCAGGCUACGGGUUGACGUCGACAUCUGUGUCGAGUGGGUCUGGCAUCUCGGCCGGUAAAACCAGUUCAUCACCAUCUUUGCCUUGGCUUGAUUUUGGUCCUGGGGGCAGCAACUCGGGGCAAAGUAGGGCAGGAAGUGUGCCAGGAAAACCAUCUACUGGAAGUGGGAAUGUUGGAACUGGGCCUUUGUUUGGUGGAGGAAGAACAAGUGGACAGGCAGGUGGAUCAGUCGUCACCAAGCACAUCCAGGACCUGCAGCGCUUCAUCAACCCUCCGGCCCCACAAGAGAAGCAAGAUCUGUCCAGAAUGUUGGGCUGAACCAACAGAAAUACAUGUGGAGAUGAAGUAAAUAUUUAGAUGAGAAAGGAAGGAAUUUACAAAAGCAUCUAAUGAGCUCAUGUACAAUGACUAGAAAAAUGUCUUUAAUAUUUCCCACAUUUUUAGUCAUGUAAUAAUCACAAACCUUCAUGUAUUUUAUCACUGUCAGUUUCUUCACAUCUUGUCACUGAAAUUAUGGCAGUUCCUCUUAUUAAAACAGAUUCUGUAUGGUUGAACGUCCUGAUACAGUAGACACCUUGGUUUAAAUGAGAGCAAAUGAGCAAAGAAGGCUUCAUUUUUCUUUCUUUGCUUUUGGAGUUUAGGUGCUUAGGUGCAGUGGCCGACAAGUUGAACAAAGAUAUGAAGUUGCUUUUUCUUUCUUUCUUUGCUUUUUAUUGCAGAUUUUAAACAUUGUAAUGAGAAACCUUUAAGUCAUUUCGACGAGCAUCCAGUCAAAGUCCAGAUUCACUGUAUAAGAAAACAGCAACAAGCAGCUACAUCACAUACAAUAUGAGCCUUCAUCCCACUGUGCAGUGCAUGUAAGGCGCUUUUGAAAGCAAUUGAUUUCAGUUUAUUGCACACCACAUAUCUCAGAUUUCUAUUUGUAAACGAUUUCAUUUUGAAAACCAUGCAACAUUCCCCUUUAUUUCAUAGUUAUCGCCUAAAUUUUGUAGAUAUCUCGCAUAGAAAUGUGCUGAUAACCUCAAGACAUAUGAACACUUUUGCAAGGCACUGUGUUGAAUAUAAAGAAAUAGAAUGUACAAUACAUAUUUCACCAGUUAUGUCUUCAAUAUGCAUCUACUGAAAUUAAUUUGAAAGCUGCUUAGCUCUUUUACUGUGAAAAUUGUGUCACACUUUAUAUUCUUAUAUUCAUUUUGUUUUGUAAAUAUAUGAAAAUAAAUAAAAUAAACUUAUAAAAAUUGUUAGCAGGGAUGUGCACCCAGAGUACCUGUGGACAAAAACAGAAAUAAAGUUGUUGUUUUUUCAGAGCAGACUGUUCACAGCAUGUUCUGAACAAGGAAGCAUUUCUGGAUUUAAAAGCCUCGUUCACCACUGGCCCACACUUUUGUACUUUUACAUGACAAAAUGUCAGCUCUUUUUCUGUUGUUUCCAAUCACAGUGUUAUAGAAACAAAACCAAGCAAGUGUUGAACAUUAUUAAACUUCUGCUUCAGACCCCA